CGCCUGAGUCGUCGCGUCCUGCCUCGCCUUGCUGCCGUCGCCUCCUCCACCUCGCAGUCCCAGCGCCAUCGCCGGCCUCCUCCGAGCCAGCCCUUUGGCUCGAUCACAGGGCCCUCCUCCCCCGUUGGCCGUGAAGAAGGCUCGAUGUUGUGGCCGCGGAGGAGGAGGCGGAUUUGUCGCUGGCAGCGGGAAGGGCGGGCACCGGUCCUCGCUCAGCGCCUACCCCUUCGGCGGCUUCGUUGCAGCCCGUCGCUGCCCCUGCAGGUAGUGGCGUCCGGGCUCGCAGAGGCGUCGCGCCUCCGGUCCGCGCUUCCCGCAUCGUCUCCACGAUUCCCGUUUGGGCGGCCCGCGUCGAACAAGCUGCCCAUCUUCCUGCAGCAUGGAGCGACACUUCCCAAGCCAAUGCCGCUUGAACAGCAAGCCAUGGUGGGCUCUUCGGAAGGACACUCACAGCAAGCCGGAGGAUACCCCCAACACCGCAGCCGAGGGCACCCAGCCCGCGCCCACCGAGGGAUCCGCCGACACCGCCCCGCCGGCCUCCGCCGCGAAGGCCACGGAGGCGCUGCUCCCGUCGCUCACCAUCUGGCUGCCGUCGCAGCGCACGCACGACGCCGUCGUGUGCUGCCUCAUGCAGACGCUCGCGGCGCCCAUCGUCCUCUCCCAGCACUACGGCGCCGUUCCGGAGCCCGAGGCCGAGCACACCGCCGCCGCCGUCCAGGACGACGCCUUCGCCGCUGCCUCCGAGUCCGCCGCCGGCGCGUCCCCGGCCUCCGUCGAGAGGGUGAUAGAGGUCCUCCAGGCGUAGUACUGCAAGGAGGUCAGCCGCCGCCGCCUCGAGCUCGCCAAGUCCCAGUCCGCCGCCUCACCCCCGCUCAUCUACGGCCAUGCCCGACAGUGCCGCCACACUCCCUGUGCCGCUGCCCGAGUUCAUCGAGCCCGCAGGUGGAUCCCCAACAUGCACGCGCACCAGGAAACACGACCAAGAAGCCUCGCCUUGUUGCCACUGUCACCGUCCUUGCUACUGCCGCUGCCAUCAGCGGAGACGAGCCAUUCGGUGUGUUCCUGGGGCAAAUCACGAACAUGAAACAAGAAUGUUGCUGCAAGUAUGUGUGCGCAUUGCCACCUCUGCACUUUCUUCUUCUGCACUUUCUUCUUCUUUUCAAUACCACGAACAUCCAUUUGGAGUUCUUCCGUUCAUCUUAACAAUUACACCUUUGAUUCUGAACUUCACCUUUGAUUCUGAACUUCCCAGUUCCUAGGAUUGCUUGCCUCAUAUUGUCAAAUUGACCGUUCCCUAUACCUUGACAUAUGGAAGGCCUGAUGCAAUAUUUCAUCUUUGGUUUCACUGAAUAGUCACCUGUGUCUGAAUCUAUUCUCUUGGUAAGAUUGUUUGACGAUUUGGGAUUGUAGGUUGUAAGAAGUAGAGUAGCCUUGGCCCUGAGUGACAUUUUUUAUUUCAAAAUAUUGUUUCUCACUAUUCAAUAAACAAAGAUCCAGUGCAAAAAUUGUCAUGAUAUAAAAAGUAGCUAGGGACUUGCACAACCUUUAGGAUUACUCAAUAUCAAUAAUUAGCUUAGUCCUUCAGUUUUGUUCAGUGAUAGAGCAAGUCAUUUUGCUAACAGCUGCGGUUCAAAUAGUCUUCUUGGUUGUCUUCAAAUUUUUCAGUUUUUGUGUUUUGUUUCUAGAUUUACUCAUAGGUUGGCAAACUGAGGUGAGUUUUUUUUUUCUAGAUUUGUUCAUAGCUUGGCAAACUGAGGUUGAGGUACAUGAUCUAUAUGCUUUCACUCAUGCUUUGGAUUUCUUUGACAAGCAAUGACACUAAAUCUGAAAGCCUAUUCAGAAUUUCAGACUGCCUAUGCAUUCUGUGAUACCUUCAGUGUCUCCUAUCAUGUCCAGCAAGUAGGAUUUUGUAAAGGUACAAGAUCAGUUGCAAUUUUACUCCCUAACAAUCUCAAGCUGUAUUUUGUUUUUUUUUGUUUCGGCUAUGCCUUCUGUCCGUGAACCUGGUUAGGCGGGGCUCAACACAAAAUGACAUUUGCUGCCACGGUGGAGGUGAGCGAAGGAUCCAGUACCAAAAUUUAAAAUUUCUCUCUUUUAACAUACUACCUUCUUUCGUAAGACUUUUUUUGGGCCGAAUUUGGAUUGUAGGUUGUAAAAAGUAGAGAAGUCUUGGUCCUGUGUGACAUCUUUUUUGAUAAAAGAAUCUAUUAUUGUUUUUUUAUAAAUUAUCGAAUAGUAUUCGAAAACUUGAAAGCGUAAUAUAUGUUUUGAUCGACCUUAAAUAUUUUUGUUUGUGGGAACUUGGAGUAGGACACCCUGCCUCUUCAAAUUCUUGUGGCCACAUCAAGGAUUCAAGGACAAUAGACAUAAGGUCAGGUAUCCAUUUCCAGCUGUUUUUUAGUUGCCAAAUUUAUGUGUUCAGAUAAUUUAUAGUUUAUCUCUUCCACUAAUGUGCACCUCUAUGUCAAAACUAAUAUGUUGAUAGCAUAUUUUCUUUUGUUUAAAAUGUAUGUGAUUGUGUAGAGGACAAAUGUCAUCAGUAGGGGUAUUACAUAUCUCAUGGCUAUGGUAAUAGGUUUUGUAUGUUGAAUAUUUUUUUAUGUGCUUCUGUGCUCAUGGGACUUUGGUUAUGAGUUGAGCUAUUUGCAAGCCGAGGUAGGCUCUGAAACAGGGAUGUUAGGAUCAGCAGCAUGCUACAUUUGUCAACUAUCCUUUGCUUCGGACAUUCAGGCAGAUAAGGUCAUUGCAAUCAAUUGGUAUUCUUUGUUAAGAUAAACAAGUAUCUGUGCUGCACUUGCAUGAUGUUAAUCCUCCAUGCUUAACCCCAUAAUUAUCUUACUUAACUACAAGUUGUACUUGCAGACAUAUAACUACAUGAUAAGUGCAACUAAAUGCACACUGGCAUGCGCGAACGCUCUACAGGCGCAGCGUUAUCGCGCCUACCAUCCUAGUUUUGUUAUAUGGUUCGGCGAUCCGCUUCCCACGUGCAUGAUUUUUGCUGAAAUUUUUGCAAACUUCUACCACUGGCAAAUGAGGACAUCCCGUGGCCGCGGGGUCGUCGUUGUUUCAUUCCCAGACUGAUUUUUUCCGUUCUCCUUUCUCCCUCUACAGAUCACAUAAGACAUUAAAAUUUUGUGGGAUUCUAAGAAACUCCAUGUCCCCUCUUCCUGAUUUUUUGUGCGCCUGACGGCCUGAGCCACCAGCAAAUGGCGAUUAUUUGGUGAUGGGGGUGGAAGGUGUUUCAUUUACGGUCCACCCCAAGCAAAACUUUCUCCAUUUUCUCUUUCCAUAGAUCACAUCAAAGUCUGUUCUGCUGGCUGCGGCUGGUGACUGGUGCUGGUCUGUUGUGAGAGAAAAUUAUUGCUGACUGGCUGGUGGUUGGUGCUGUUUUGGUGUGAGAAAAAAAAUAUUAUUAGUUGGUUGAAGAAGCCGCCAGCAGAACAGAGUGUGAAUUUUUGUAUAGGGUUUCUAAGAUUAGUUCCGCAUCCUA